AUGGUGGUGAAGCUCUCAAAAGCGGAGAAGAAGGUCCGCUACGACAAGAAGCUGUGCUCGCUUCUGGACGAGUACGGGAAGGUCCUAAUCGCUGCCGCCGACAAUGUUGGGUCCAACCAGCUCCAAAGCAUCCGCAGGGGCCUCCGCGGCAACUCCGUCAUCCUCAUGGGCAAGAACACCCUCAUCCGCCGCUGCAUCCGCUUCCACACCGAGAAGACCGGCAACAAGGACUUCCUCAACCUCCUCCCCCUUCUUGUCGGGAAUGUGGGAUUGAUAUUCACAAAGGGCGAUCUUAAGGAAGUUAGCGAGGAUGUUGCCAAGUACAAGAGUGUUGAUGCAGGCAUUGAUAAUGAGAAGGCAGUCAAGCUUUAUGAAGUUCCACUGGUGAAAUUCUUGGAGCAGAAAUAG